AUGUCGAGCUCAAAUCCGCAGAAAGCCUCGUCUGUGGCGCGCCCGCAGCAAUACAAUGCGCAGAUGUCUGCGCACUUGCCGCAGCAGCAACCCACUCGUCUCCACGUCAAUUCGCGUCCCAAAGAUUCUCCCAAGCCAAGGCAGAAAUCUGCGGUGCUUUCUGUCAUCGCCACACUGCCUCUGUCCUCCCGAAGCUCCUCUUCGUCGUCGUCAUCAUCAUCAUCAUCAUGCUCUUCGAUCUCAUCUCCGUCUCCUACUGCAUCCACUUCCGAACCAAGCGCGUCGGGGUCCUCGCCAAACAUGUCGACGCCUAAUGCUUCGACGUCAACAAAGAGCUCUGUUGCGCAUGGCAUCACAUCCUCAUCCUCAUCUUCGAAAUUGGCCUUUCACACCGGUCAUCGUGCCGCGAGUGGGUCACUUGACCGGAUCGCUGCUCUUCCCAUAUCGGCUGCUGCACGCGUGCAAGAGUCUGAUCUUUCGCCCAGGCAGAAUGUUCAAAGAGGCUCUGAUGGCCGGGCCAGCACCUCUGGUACGUCUGUCAUUCGGCACGUCAACGGGCAAAUUGCUCGAUCCAGCUCAUCCUCCAAGCCCUAUCCACGAACAGGCCGAACACCAAUCGGGCAGGUGACACCCAUCCAAAGUGUCAUCGUCCCGAAUCAGCUUGCGCAGCCUGUCUUAUCCAAGGGGCCUUUCGUCAGCAGACCCUCGGCUCAGCUCAGUCCUGGAAAUCAGAUCGGCGCGAUCAACCACGUACAGAAUGCUGCAGUCUCUCGACAGACCCCUCCGCAGUCCACACAGCCUCCACUGACACCCGCAGAGAAUUCUCCCGCUCAUGUUCACACACCGCCUCCCCAUCGCGUGCACACGAACGGUGCUGCGGAGUCACCGAACUCAAUUCUGACCAACGUCGGAUCCGACUCGCUGAACGGCUCGCAUCCAAAGAUCUUACAACCAGCGCAGCAAUCAGCGACCCGCGGAAACUACCACACCCAGCCGCUUUCGAGACCGCUCUCCCAUGUUCUAGUAACGAGUACGCCGCCUCAGGCUGCCACUCCGUCACGAGCACUAACAGGAUCUCGAUCUUGGCGCGUCGAAGCGAGUUCCGCGCAGAAACCCGAGGCAUCUCGAGGUCAAGUGGCAUCACAUGCUCCUGUUGCGACUCCAAGCUCAGCCGCGACGCCGUCCUCACUUGCACAGAAUUCGAUCCCAAAUUCUUCGCCCAGAAGCCCGGCGACUCUUCCCCGUUCGGGGACUGCAUUUUCUUCCUCUCCAAAGACGCAAAGCGUUCCAACACAAGCAGGUACAGACCCUUUGGUACCAGCACGACCCGCGACACCGACUCAUCCCGAAGGUUUGGCUCGACCUCGACCCCAAGCGCAGCCUCAAUCAUCAGCAGCGUCCGCUCCAAACGGCAUUCUGAACAAACCAGACGCAGCGUCCAAUGGCUCUCUUCUGCCUACUCAAAGCGCGAGUGCGGUCGUGAACAAUCGCGUGGCCAGCGCCAGUGCCUCGAACGUCAACCCUAACAUCUGGAAUGAUCCCCGAGGAAGCUUCCUGACAUCUACAGAGCCAGUCAAUUACGAGUCCUUGCUAGCCAACAAACGCAAGGUAACGCCCGUCUCUGUCGUCAGCUGCCUCACGCUGACCGAGGAGGAGCUGGACAAUCUCAUUGUCGACCAUGUCGAAGAGCAGUGCUUGCCGCUGGUCAUCUCGGACCUGCACAAGACCGCGGCUUGGUCCUCGGACCUCUUCAACCUCGAAAAGUACCAGCAUCUCGCACCCGAUCGAGGGCUUGAAGGCGAAGCGGUCGGCGCUCGCAAUCUGACCGAUGGAAAGAAACGGGUGAUUCCCGUGCCAGAGUUUCUCGCUCAUUGCAAUAAUGUCAAGGAGUACUCGCCGAAUCAGACCGAGAAGCUCUAUGGAGACGAACUGCCUUGCCCAGCGGCUUGGAAGCAGGCCCUCGAUGCGAUGGUGCAUCCGCGCCUUCAAUACCACGGCGAGCACGACUUAUCCUCAUCGCUGAGUCCGAAUGCUCGCUCCGUCUCUUUAGCAUGUCGCUUUGGUCCAGGUCAAACUUGCCUUCCGCUGCAUCGCAGCUUGUGCUCGAGUCUCACCCAGGAUCUCAUGGUGUGGUCUGAUCCAGAAGCAUCUUCCAUCUGGAUGAUCGCCAAUCCUGAAGACGCUGAGGCUGUCGAUCAAUUCAUCUCAUCUAAAGGUGGCGACCCUCAGGCUGAGACCUUCAGCCCACGCCCGAAGGAACUCAUCUCUGCACCCUUCCCUGUUUUCUGCUAUGAGCAAAAGCUCGGCGAUCUUGUCCUCGUGCCAUCUCGAGCUACCCACAUGGUGGUCAACACUGGCGGACGGACCAUGACCGUGGCAUGGUCUCGGACGACAGCUGAUACCCUCUCGAGCGCACUGUUUGCCGACCUUCCUCUGUAUCAGCGUUACUGCCGGAGGGAGAAGCACCACAUCAAGUCUGUGAUCGAAGAGACCUUGAUCAAGUACACAAAGCAGAUCGAGUCUCAUGCUGACACGGCGCUCGAACUCUUGCCAGAGACGUUCCGUGAUCUGUGCAAGCUGCUCGAGAUGUACGAUGCCAUUAUCACCGACGAGUAUGUUCCCGAGUGGCACGACAUCGUGAGGGAAGGAAGCGUCGACAGCUACGUCGAAUGUGACUUCUGUGGUGUCGACAUAUUGCACGGCUACUUUGAAUGCUCCGCCGGCGAGACGCUGUGCACCCUUUGCUAUUGUCAGGGAAGGCUGUGCGGAUGCUCUGAUGCUGCCGAAGCCCUCAAGCCUCGCCAACAUUGGCGAAGCUUUGGCGACCGCCUGCAGAUACGCAAUCAAGCCGCUCAGGUCCUGCUCAAGGUCAAACCAGACCUAGCGUUGGAAAAAGAGCCAGCGACGGACGAUGACGAGGAGGGGGAUUCUGAAAGCGGCGAACCUGCGCCUUGGGCCGUAAAGCUACUGAAGGAGGAGACCAUGCGAGAGGAGGAGUGGCCGUUCGCAUUCUUGGCUGCAUUUAGGCUGUACAACAUUCGACAGACCGCUGGGUGGCAAAGCAACAUGGGAACUUGUAGACUCUGCAAGGCGGCCUUGGACGUAACACAGCGACGAUAUUGCAAGCCAUGCCGACAUUCGUACUGCCACGGCUGUCUGCUUCAUCGACUCAAGAUCCAUCCUGUGCACACUUUCGCCCAGGACAACGCGGAGCACUUUCACAAUUACCACCGGAAGAACAGCGUGCUCGACUACAAGGAGUGGUUGCAGGACCCGCUCUUAUACCGCGUUCAGGCUCGGGCGCACUUUGCUUUAAUGGAAGCAGCCAGGAUUUAUAUGAGGUGCACGCCGAUCAACGAAAAGUGUCGCAUCGGCUUCCUUGACGUGACGCCCGAGCAUCCGCAUGGCUUGUCUGGUAAACUUGAUCUCAAGAAACCCAGAAAGGAUGCAAAGGACAAAGCCAAAGACGCGGCCGCUUCCGCCUCUGCCCCUGCCUCUGCCUCAACCAUCUCAACACCGAUUUCGCGCAAGCGCCAGAGCGAUGUCUUGCAGGCACCAUCUGCCCCCUCACCAAGGAAUGUGACGGGCAAGAGGGCCAGGCUUGACACCCCACCGGAUGUCGAGCCCAUGGACGAGGAAGAGAUCGCUCUUCUAACACCAAACGAUCAUGCUGUCAGCAGUGUCCGCAUCGAUCCAGCGCCCACGCGGUCGACAAUCAGUACCCUGAGGGCUGCCACUGAUCGGACCAUCGCCUCUUCGACCUCUCAGAACAAGGGGGUUGCAAGUUCGGUUCCAACGGUCGAGAGCGGCAUCAGGAAGUUUGUGCUUAGAGCGGGGGGAGCUGUGCCGAUAUCACCAACCACCCCUACUUCGUCGGUCUCUUCUUCAUCAUCAACAACGAAGGCUACAACAAGCGCUCCUGCUUCCCUGAACGUGCAAGGCAACUCACAGGUUAUUGCUGAAACCCCACCGAAGUUGCCAUCGACUACAGCACAAUCUCAGUUGACUGCCAGCUCCGUUGUGCAUUUGAGCAAGGGAUCUGCUUCGUCUCCGCCGAGUGCUCCAAUCGUUGCCAAGGAGCUGGUAGCGACAUCUGCUCCCACUGCGGCCGCAGCAACGGCUCCAGGCCCAAAAACGGCGAUGACUUCGUUUGCAGACCCGGCUCAAGCCGAUGCAGCAACAGUGCCGGCUUCAGCUCAACGUGCCGUGGUACAACUCGCUACUGUUCCCCAAGCACUGGAAUCUCGAAGCGAGGGAACUGUUCCUGCGCUAGUAGCUCAGGUCAUCGAAAGAGGCAAGGCAGGCGUCGAAUCUUCAAGGGCAGCAACGAGUGUAGCGGCUGCUAGCACCGGUACCAGCUCUCAUAGGCCUGCCAUGACGACGGCUGACGCUGUAGGCUCGGUUUUGUCUACACUCGAUGCGACUAAUCUACGGGUGAUCACUGAAGUUCUUCGCAUCUUUUGCAACUCGAUGAAGGAGUUGCACGCGGAAGCGGCGGAGGAGAACAGGAAGUCUCGCGCAGAGCAGGCCGUGGUGCAGACAAAGCAAACCGAGGAGCUCAGACAGAUGCGAGAGAUGCUGGUGGCACAGUCAAAAGAGCUCAGAGAGAUGAAGGAGAAGCAAAGGAAAGCAGAGGCCAAGCAUGUCGAUGCAAUGUCGCAAGUCUCGCGCAAGCUUGAUGUAACGGAAGAAAAGGUCGAUCAAGUACACGGCAUGUUCCAGGGACUGAUGGAUGAUAUUGAACGGGGGGCGCGGGCUCAGCUGGAAGAAGACGAGUCGAUGCAAGCUGGUGAGCCCAUUGUGAUUGAUGCAGCGUCUUCAAGAUCCUCUUCAUUGACUCCGAAUAGCAAUGCACAAUAG